AUGGCAAAACCAUAUAAUAACAACGAGGAAAUCGGUGGCAUCUCAUCUGGUAACACACACAAUGCCUCUUGUGAUAGCUGUCGAUCAGCUAAGAUCUACAGUGAUCGAUACAAAUGUUUACAAUGUAUUGAUUAUGAUUUAUGUGGUCACUGUUUCGAAGAACGACGUGAAACACGACCACACUCGAGUGGUCAUGCAAUGGUUCAUUUUAAAAUACCUAAUGAAUUAUUCGGUCAAGUUUAUAAGGCCAUUUGGUUAUCGAAAAAUCGUGAAGUAGCAUGCAAAGUAAUUCGAGUGACAGCACAUCGACGCCAUUUGGAAGAUAGUUUUCGAAAAGAACUAAAUGCUUAUGCUGAACUAUCAGGUGCUUACAUUCUCAAAACAUUUGGCUAUGGAGAACGUCUGAUAGCCAAUGGUAUCAAAGAAUGUUAUUUGAUAACCGAAUUGAUGCAUCGCGGAAGUCUUUCAAAUGUCAUUCACAAUGGUAUUGAGAAAAUUUCACUUCGACGUAAAUUGACCAUGGCAUGCCAUGUUGUUAGUGGUAUGCGCAAGUUACACGCUCACACAAUGAUUCAUCGUGACAUCCGUCCCGACAAUAUUCUUGUCUCAAGUAACUACACAGCUAAAAUCGGUGAUAUGGGUAUAGCUCAUGUCUUCAAUCCGGAAGAAAAACACACAUUAAUAGGUUGUUUGCCAUUUAUGCCACCAGAGUUUCAUAGAGGAGACGGUCAAUAUGAUCAAUCACUCGAUGUGUUUACUUUUGGAUUAACAUUGAAUGAAUUGUUUACGGAGAAACUUCAUCGAUUCAUUCAAGCCACUAAACGCAUUCAAAUUACUGAACAAAGUUCUAUCUUUCUUGAUCUGAUUACUCGAUGCAUUCAUCAUGAACCAACUCAGCGGCCAACAGCUGUUGAACUUGAAGACGUGCUAAAUAUGUAUCGACGAGCAGCAGAGAAAUAUAUCAAGGAGAAGCAUCCCAACUAUACCAGUCAAACACUAGCAACGAAGGAUGCCAUUUUUGUCAAAUUCUAUGAUGAAUAUCACAAACUACAGAAAGAGGAGCCUAAGCCAGUCUAUUCACUGCCACCAAGACCACGUUUCAAUUCGGAUUUGAUUCGUCAGUACUUCGAUGAUAUGAUGAAACAAUUCAAUAGUAUUCGUCAUCGUAUUGGUUUUCGCCGAUCAAAACAUCAACAGCCAGCUCCGCAAGGCGUUCAAGGAAUGAAAUACUUCGACGAUGCUUGCAAUGAUGAUCAUGAUCAGGUCAUCAAACUCGAGCCAAUAAAAAUUGAUAAGCGACCAGCGCGAUGUCCUAGUCCACCAUCGAAUUUUCCUCGAGCUCAAGAAGAGAGUCAACAGCAGUUUCUCAAUGCGGUAAAACAUCCACGAUCACGUACACCAGUUCCUCUAUGUCCACAUUUCGACAAUCAAAUGCAUCAGCAACAUAUUUUCCAUAGAGCGGGUGCAUUUCGGCCAAUCAACGCUAACAAUGACAUUCAUCAGCGCGUUAUUGAAUUUCAUUUGAAUGCCGGUUUUGAUCAAAGUCCUAGACAGUUUCAUCGCAUGAUGCAUCAAUUCCAAUAG